GUGGCGGGGAGGAGCGAGGCGAGGCGCGCGCGGCGCGGGGAGACACCCCCCCACCAGGAUCAUGGGAGACUGCCUGGUCCUGCUCUUGACCUUGCUCGUGGCCAGUCCUGCACUUGGAAUGCCUUCCUGCUUCUUUGAUGGCCAGAGGGCUAUCUAUCGUGGCUGCAACCUCACCCAGGUUCCCCAGGUCCCCAGUGGCACCAAGAGCCUCCUGCUCAGCUUCAACUACAUCAGGACGGUCACAGCUGGUUCCUUCCCCUUCCUGGAGGGGCUGCAGCUGCUGGAGCUCGGGACUCAGUUGACUCCCUUGAGCAUUGGCAGGGAAGCCUUCAGGAACCUGCCCAACCUCAGGAUCUUGGACCUGGGCCAUAGUCAGAUCGCAUUCUUGCACCCAGAUGCAUUUCAGGAACUGCCCCAUCUCUCUGAACUUCGACUGUUUUCCUGUGGUCUCUCUGAUGCUGUCUUAAAAGAUGGUUAUUUCAGAAGUUUGGCAUCUUUAACGCGCCUGGACCUAUCCAAAAAUCAGAUUCAGAGUCUUCACCUUCAUCCUUCAUUCCAGGAACUGAAUUCCUUGAAGGCCAUUGAUCUGUCCCUCAACCAGAUACCCCUUGUGUGCGAGCAGGGGCUCAAACCCCUCCAAGGGAAAACGCUCUCCUUUUUAAGCCUUGCGGAUAAUAACCUGUACAGUGGGGUCUCAGUGGAUUGGGGGAAGUGUAUGAACCCUUUCAGAAACAUGGCCUUGGAAAUGCUAGAUGUUUCUGGCAAUGGCUGGACAGCGGACACCACAAGGAACUUCAGCCAGGCCGUCAAUGGAAGCCAGAUUUCCUCUUUGGUUCUCGCCCACCACAUUAUGGGUUCUGGGUUUGGCUUCCAUAACAUCAAAGAUCCUGACCAGCACACCUUUGCCGGCCUGGGCAGAAGCUCCCUGAUACAGCUGGACCUUUCUCAUGGGUUUAUCUUCUCCCUGAACUUCCGACUCUUUGGGACCCUCAAGGAGCUGAAAGUUCUGAACCUGGCCUACAACAAGAUAAACAAGAUUGCAGGCCAAGCAUUUCAUGGACUUGACAACCUCCAGAUUCUCAACAUGUCAUAUAACCUUCUGGGGGAACUAUAUAAUUCUAAUUUCGAGGGACUGCCUAAGCUCGCUUAUAUUGAUCUGCAGAAGAAUCACAUUGGGAUCAUUCAGGACCAAACAUUCAGCUUCCUAAAAAAAUUAAAUACCUUGGAUCUCCGAGAUAAUGCUCUUAAAACAAUUCAGUUUAUUCCGAGCAUACCUACUCUCUUCUUGGGCGGCAAUAAACUGGUGACUUUGCCAAACAUCAGGCUUACGGCCAACUUCAUCCACUUAUCAGAGAACAGGCUAGAAAAUCUGGAUAACCUCUACUUCCUUCUCCAGGUACCUCAUCUCCAGAUUCUCAUUUUAAAUCAAAAUCGCUUUUCCAAUUGUAACCAGAGGCAUGCGCCUUCAGAGAAUCCCAGCUUGGAACAGCUUUUCCUUGGAGAAAAUAUGUUGCAACUUGCCUGGGAAGCCGGCUUCUGUUGGGAUGUUUUUAAGGGGCUUUCUCAUCUCCAAGUCCUGUAUUUGAAUAACAACUACCUGAAUUUCCUUCCACCAGGAGUAUUUCGCCAUCUGACUGCACUGAGGGGACUCAGCCUCAGCUACAACAGGCUAACAGUUCUUUAUCCGGGUGACUUACCUGCUCACCUCGAGGUCCUGGAUCUAUCCAGAAACCAGCUCCUCUCUCCCGAUCCUGACUUAUUCACCUCACUAAGUGCCAUGGACCUGAGUCAUAACAAGUUUGUUUGUGACUGUGAACUUAGCACUUUUAUCAAUUGGCUCAAUCAAACCAAUGUCACGAUAUUUGGGUCUCGUGACGAUAUAUACUGCAUGUAUCCGAGCUCGCUCGCUGGGAGUCCCCUCAACACCAUUUCCAUGGCAGGUUGCAGUGAAGAGGAAGUCUUAGAGUCCCUGAAGUUUUCCCUUUUCAUCUUGUUCACUGUCACCCUGACUCUGCUUUUCGUGGCCAUCCUCAUAGUCAUGAAGUUCCGGGGAUUUUGUUUCAUCUGUUAUAAGAAAGUCCAGAGACUGGUGUUCAAGGACCCCAGCCUGGGAAGGGAAUCAGAUACAUACAAAUACGAUGCCUACUUAUGCUUUAGUGACAAAGACUUUGAAUGGGUGCAGGAGGCGUUGCUCAAGAACCUGGAUGCCCAGUACAGCGACCAAAACAGACUGAACCUCUGCUUUGAAGAAAGAGACUUUGUGCCGGGGGAAGAUCGCAUCAGCAACAUCCAGGAUGCCGUGUGGAGCAGCAGGAAGGUUGUCUGUCUGGUGAGCAGACACUUCCUUAGGGACGGCUGGUGCCUGGAAGCCUUCAGUUACGCCCAGAGCAGGUGCUUAGCAGACCUCAAUGGCACCCUCAUCAUGGUGGUGGUUGGGUCCCUGCCUCAGUACCAGCUGAUGAAGCAUCAGUCCAUCAGAGGAUUUGUCCGGAAACAGCAGUACUUGAGGUGGCCUGAGGAUCUCCAGGACAUCAGCUGGUUUCUCAACAAGCUCUCUCAACACAUUCUAAAGAAAGUCAAGGAAAAGAAGAAAGCCAGCGACAUUCAGUUGCAAAGUGUGACCAUCUCCUAGUCACGGGAGCAGUUUUUCACUUAUCCCAAGUCACAGAGAACGCAUCACCUUUUAUUUCCACCAAGUUACCCUCUGGGGAUCCUUUCUGGAAAACAACCCAAGUCUCUUGAUUUUUCAGAGCCACGUGAUGUUUUGUCUCUCUGACCUCCAAAUGAGAAGUGAUUUAUCUGGAAAAGGGCAGCUGCCCCCAGUGGUUUUCACUCUCCAUUGAUUCCCUUUGAGACCUGGUAAGACCAUUCUCUCCCUUUGCAUCGACUGCAGAAUUCAUCCUAGUCAUGGGAGGGGCCCCUGGAGAGAAGCUGCCGACAGCCAACACCCUUUCUCCAGCAUUCAGUUCCAGAAGGGGCUGGCCUGGGACUCUGCGAAACAACACUCAGUAGAAAACGAACAGAAAAAGAGGCGUGCAUCCUACCUACCGUUGCCAUGGGAACAUCGCCAUUGCUCAGCACGGGUCGUGCUCUGUCUCAGGGAUCACAGGUGGCCCCAGAGAAGCUGGAGUGACAGUAACUGGAUAUCUUGUGGCCAUAGGGCUCCUCUUCUUAGCUUCUGGGUCUAACCCUAGUGAGCAGUGAAUAUUUUUUUUUCUUGCAAACUUUAUUUCAGUCUGGCCUUCAAGACCCUCAGUCACUUAACACCAACCUGUUUCAACUUCAUUCCCCCCCCCCCCCCCCCCCCCCAUAUCUCAUUGAUCAAUUGCUCAGGCUGCUGCCGAAAGAACUUGGACCUUGGACCCAGAUCCUUGUUUGAGUUCUGAUUUGGCUACUCAUGACUGUGUGACCUCAAGCCUGUUGUGCACCCUCACUGGGCCUGUUUUCUGUCCGUGUGAUGGUAUGUGUCUACCUCAUAGAGCUGCUGUGAAAGGUUAAUCAGACAAGGAUAUUAGGGCAUCUCAGAGCUGACCCUUAGACACCCUAGUGGCCACGAGAAGGUACCUACAGCGGGGGGCCUUCUGGAGGCAGUCACGAUUUCUUAGAAGUUGUAUUUUUCUGUAUCUUAAAAGAAAUCUAUAUGUCUUUUGUAUUUUUCCUGUUUAUUUCAAUAUAGAAAUGUGUAUUUUUGCAAAAAGCAUCAAGAAAAUGUAAACCAGAGUCCCCAUUGUGGCUCAGCAGAAACAAAUCUGACUAGUAUCAUGAGGACAGAAGUUCGAUCCCUGGCCUUGCUCAGUGGGUUAAGGAUCUAGCCUUUCGGUGAGCUGUGGUAUAGGUCACAGAGGUGGCUCAGAUCCCAAGUUUCUGUGGCUAGGGUGUAGGCUGGCAGCUGUAGCUCUGAUUCAACCCCUAGCUUGGGAACAUCCAUAUGCCUUGGGUGUAGCCCUAAGAAGAUAAAGAGACAAAAUAAAUAAAUAAAAAUGAAAAAGUGGUGUCUGUAGGCCAUAUACUAGUGGUGUGACUGUUCGGCACACUGCUGACAAACAAACGGAGGUUGAAAGUGCCAAUGAAGUCCUUCCAAAAGCUAACAAACAUGGUCCUGAAGGUGACCCCGAAACAGCAACCCUUCCUUUUCCUUCAUGAAAAAGACCAAGGAAGAGAAUGCACAGAAGGUGGCCAGUGCACGAGGAAUAUGUACAAUUUCAGUUAUAAUCAAGCAAGUACGAAUCACAGAAGGAAAUGCCACUUUUUGCCUAGCAAAGAUGUUUAAAAGGUAGUGCCCCACCCAGCUGAGGUAAGAGGCGGCUACUCCUCCAUGACGCUUCCUUGAUGGGGAGGGCAAAUGAAUAAAUACAGCCCGUGGAGAAGGACUGUUCAGUAAUUACACGUCUAGGAACCAAUUCUAAGAUAAUGCAAGGUGCAAAGAUUUAGGUGUGAAAAUCUAUAAUUGCACAAAUUAUAAUCUAAAUGUCCAUCAAUAGCAAAGUAAUUGAAUUUUGAAUUUGCAGGCCAAGAUAUUAUGCAACCAUGAAAAAAUGAAAAAGUGACAUAUAAGCGUUUAGACAUGCAGCAAGGAUACAAAAGUAUUUUGUUGACUUUGAGUUUUUAAAUUUCCAUAUAAUCAUUAUAUAAACCCAUAGGAUUUGAAAAAAAAUCCCCAUCCAGGUGAUCUCCAUUUUUACCAAGGGAUACUUCGGCAAGUCAUUGGAACCUUUGAGAGAGAGAUCCCUCCUCUGUAAAAUGGUGAGAAAACCUAGCAGGAUGGUUGUGAAGAUCAAAUGAGAUCACUUGUCUAGAAAGUUCCCAGGCCGGUGAGCAGAGUUCAGUGUCCCCUUCCCUUUUAGGGCACAGUUGCCUACAUCUGGGGAAACUGACACCAAAGCUCAAUCCUCAGGCUUGUUAUCCGAAUGAGCGAGGACCCCAACUAAGGAGCCAGGCUUUCCUGCUACUCUUGCUCCAGCCACUCCACUGGCUGAAGGCAUUGAGGCCGGUCUCCGUGCCACACCGGGGACACACAACCGCUCUCCGGGUCGACAUGCCCUAUUGGAAUCAAAACUGCGCCUGGGCAGGGGGCGGCUCCGACUUGGCGGCCUCCCUGCAAUGGUGGGACAGCUCCUUCCUGCUAUGGCAAAGCAAGUGAAAGGAGCCCGCCCACGCGCAGACAGCGACGCCGGCACCGGCAGGCUUGCAAACCCUUCCCAGGCCCAGGGCGGGAGUCCUGGCUCAGAACCGCGGCGCGCUUGGAGGCGGGGCUUCCCGAGGAGCGGGGAGACCGAGCACCAAUCGCGGGGCUCGGCCGCCUCUGGGUUUGGCUUGAAAUUCUGCGGAAGCCUGAAGGCUCUCGCGGCGCUGACCCGGAGGGAGCUUGAGGAUGCUUCAGGCUGGUGCCUGUGCUGGGGCCCGCGCGGAGAAGCUCGGGGGCCACGACGCCCGUCUGCUUGGACCAUCUGCCAUGAGAAGAUUGAGAGACUCCGAUCAAGGAUUUCUUUUGCAGCCGUUUUAACAACUUUGCAGGCAGUACUGGAAAAGGAGUGUCCAACUUGAGAUCCGGACCAGACUGGUCACACAGCCUCUUCCCAGCUUUGUGGCUGUGGCAGAGGUUGAAUGUGUUUGUUCAUCUCUAAAAUAAUAAUGCUGGUCCUCCUGGAUAUGAUGAUUGCUGAAGGGGAAACACUGAAGAAAAGGCUCAUCGAAAACAUAGCCAUCUGUCGAAAAGAGCUGAAUACUCUGUGCAGUGAGUUACAUGUCGAGCCAUUUCAGAAGUCCACCUGGAACCUUCACAGGAGGACAUUGUCUCACACAGGAAGAAGGAGAGACGACCAUCUAGCAACUAGAAAAGGAUUUGCGCACUCAGGAAGAACUGAUGCAAAAACAGAAAAAGGAGAGAAAACAAGAACUGAAACCGCUUCAAGAACAAGAUCAAGAACUGUGUGAAAUUGUGUGCAUGCCCCACUACGAGACUGACAGUACCUCAGUUCCCAGCUUCGAAGAGCUGAGGCAGUUCCAACAACACGUGGAAACUUUGAGGGAAACAAAGAGGACUACACAGCAGAUGUGCUUCAGCUCCACGAUGCCGAGAUUGUGCAGUUAAGAAACUACUGUGAGGGUCACAGAGAACUUUUUGAAGGUGUUCCAGAAGUGGGAAGAAAGCUGGAGCCUUUUCCUAGAGUCCAAG